GUGGGGGCUCUUUGCAAGAUUAGACAGAGAGAAGCAGCAACUGCUAGCAAGGGGUAGAUAUGAGGACACCUGGGAAGCCAUGCAAUAAGUAAUAAAACUACACCGCGCUGUCAUUCUGUGCAAAUCACUUACAGUCACGAAGAAGUAUUGUAAAGCAGCUAGCUAGCUAGCGGUGCAGGAAGACUGGACUCGCACACAGGCCUCCACCAUGACAGACAGCAUCAUGAGCAAAGCAGCCACCAUGGAGAUCCCCAUCAACAGCAAUGGAGACACAGGAACUCUCCCGGAGGAUGACGGCCUUGAACAGGCUGCACAGAUUCAGUGGAGCUUAGAUGAGAAGGUAGGGAACCGCAGACAAACCAGGGAUCUCCAGCAGGUGAUGGUAUCUGGACCCAACCUUAACGAGACGAGCAUCGUUUCCGGGGGCUACGGAGGCACCACCGAGGGCAUCAUUCCCACCAGCUCCAUCAAAGACCUGCGUAUGAAGGCCAGGGGGAUUAGAAUCCCUCGCAGCCAGUCCGCAGCCAGUCGGAUGGCCAUCCGGUCAGAGGACUUCCCAGGGUCCAACCUGCACCAUAGCGGCAGCAGCCACUCUAUGAUGGCGGAGGAGGCCACCCGCGGGGUCGCCGUGGAGAAGUUUGACAUCAUGAAGAAGUGGGGCAUCAACACCUAUAAGUGCACAAAGCAGAUGCUCUCGGAGCGGUUCGGCCGCGGCUCGCGGACGGUGGACCUGGAGCUGGAGGCCCAGAUCGACGUGCUGCGAGACACCAAGCACAAGUACGAGAACAUUCUGAGGCUGGCGCAGGCGCUCACCACCCACUUCUACAACAUGGUGCAGACGCAGCACGCCCUGGGGGACGCCUUCGCCGACCUCAGCCAGAAGUCCCCGGAGCUGCAGGACGAGUUUGGAUACAACGCGGAGACACAGAAGCUACUGUGUAAGAACGGGGAGACUCUGCUGGGAGCCAUCAACUUCUUUGUGUCCAGCAUCAACACGCUGGUCAACAAAACCAUGGAGGACACGCUGAUGACCAUCAAGUUGUAUGAGAAUGCAAGGCUGGAGUUUGACGCCUAUCGUGCGGACCUGGAGGAGCUGAGCAUGGGCCCACGGGACGCCGCUGCCCUGGCCCGGAUGGAGACAGCGCAGCAGCACUUCCAGAUCCACAAGGACAAGUACGAGAGAUUGCGCAGUGAUGUCACCAUCAAGCUCAAGUUCCUGGAGGAGAACAAGGUGAAGGUGAUGCAUAAGCAGCUCCUCUUGUUCCACAAUGCCAUCUCGGCCUACUUUGCUGGCAACCAGCAGCAGCUGGAACAGACCCUCAAGCAGUUCAACGUGAAGUUAAAGCCCCCCGGGGCAGAAAAACCCUCCUGGCUGGAGGAGCAGUGAUAAAUUCUCAGGGUCUCUAAAGACUGGACUGACGGGCGGACCGACGCUGGGAUGGGUGGAAGGACAGACACACGCAGGACCGAACGACCAAGAGCAGCAGAUCCAGGAUAGAGCAGUGACAACGCAGAAGGAGAGCGAGGCUCACUGGCCCUCCCUUUUUUUAAUCUCUCUCUUUGUCUCCUUGUCUUUCCUGUCCCUUUCCUUUUUUCCCCUCGGCCUCUCCAUCUUUGCGUUCAGAGGAACCCUGAGAGAUUUUAGUUUACUUAGAAACAUUCCAUCCCCUGUAGAAGGUACUAGAAGGCCU